AUGUCACCCUUCGGGUUUUCUACUACUUCUGAAGAAGUCUGCGCGACAUUUGCAAACAGGAUCAAGGGCCGAACGUUUCUGGUAACCGGCACUAGCACCAAAGGCCUUGGUGCAUCCUGCGCAACACAACUUGCCCGACAGUCUCCAGAGCAAAUCAUCCUCGUGUCCCGGACCAAAGCAAAGGUGGAACCCGUGAUUGAAGAAAUCAAGGCAAUCAAUGCAAGCAUCAGAGUGACGUUCGUGGAAUACGAACUGACCGACUUUGACUCGGUGCGAAAAGCUGCAGAGCAGAUCUUGUCCGACAAAGGUAUCAGCAAGAUCGAUGCCGUGAUCAACAACGCAGGCGUCAUGAAUGUCAAGGAAUACACUACCGACAAGCAAGGCAACGAGUUGACUUUCUCCGCCAAUCACUUGGGCCACUUCCUCCUCACUAAUCUGAUCAUGCCGAAGAUUCUGGCAGCAGGGAAAGGCUCAAGGAUUGUCAAUGUCACAUCACGAGGCCAUCGCAUCAGCUCAGUACGCUUCAGCGACCCGGCGUUCUCAAAUGGUAAAGACUACGAUGGCUGGUCCGCCUACGGCCAGUCCAAGACUGCAAAUAUUCUUUUCAGCUUCGAGCUCGCAAGACGACUGGGCGAACGUGGCAUAUUUGCCUACUCCGUCCACCCAGGUGGAAUUUGGGACACCGGGCUGACCACUCACCUGGAGAACAAAGACUUCGAAGAAAUUGAUGCCAUUGCAUUGAAGAACACCGGAGUUCCCUGGCCGGGUGUGGACAAGCCGAAGACUAUGUCUCAAGGGUCAUCGUCUCUCCUAGCUGCGGCACUAGAUCCUGCUUUCGAGAGCCAAAAUGGACACUUCGUUGAAGACUGUCAGUUGAGUGAGCCAUUAGGAUACGCAACAGAUGAAGGAAAUGCAAAGGAUCUAUGGGUGCUGAGCGAAGAGUUGGUGGGGCAGAAGUUUGAUGUCUAA